GAGGCAAGAACAGUGCCGUGCCACAAGGUUUGACAUGCACAGCCGGACAACUUGACAUCGCAAUCUACAGUCGAGUGUGAGGAGUCGGGAAUCGGAAACGGAGUCGGAAUCGGAGGAGAUGCAGCUUCCCUUGGUGGCGGAUUUGUGCUGAGCUGUGCAGCUGCUUCCUGCAGAGACUUCAUCCGUUUUUUGUCGCCGUCGUUGUUGUUGUACAGUUUUUCCGCCGUGGUAUUUGUCGAAGCGGAAAAGCGAAAAGAAGCAGCACCGCGAAGCCCUCGAAGUGUCGACGAAAAUCGUUAAAAAAUAGAAAAACACUCGGCGACUAUGUCACGACGCGCUUGAAGACCCCCAUCCGCUUCGAGGGAGAUUUUGAGAUUGAGCGAGAUCGAAGUCUCGGCGGGCUCUCCAUCGCCACCCACUCUGUUCAUCCAAACCCACCCACUCCGAACUCAGGAUUCGCAUGGACAAAGGCACAAUGAAGCGCAAGCAGAGGAGAUACAGAACCACAUUCAACACCCUGCAGCUGCAGGAGCUGGAGAGGGCGUUCCAGCGAACCCACUACCCAGACGUCUUCUUCCGGGAGGAGCUGGCCGUUCGGAUUGACUUGACGGAGGCACGGGUGCAGGUGUGGUUCCAGAACAGGCGGGCCAAGUGGCGCAAGCAGGAGAAGAUCGGAGGCCUGGGCGGGGAGUACAAGGAGGGGGCGCUGGAUCUCGAUGUGGCCUACGACGACAGUGCUGUGCUGGGCCAGCUGGACAGUGCGUUGGGUGGUGGCGGAACGCUUUUGCCGGACACUCCACCGCAAUCUUCGAACUCCCUGGAUAACGAGCUCAAGGCUUCCUACGGCACAGGGGCCCUGUCGCCCUCCAGGCUAUCGCCGAAUAUAUUCCUCAACCUCAACAUUGACCACCUGGGACUGGAGAGAGGCGGGAGUGGUCUCUCCAUGGAGUGGACCACCUAUCCUCCGCCUCAAACGCAAGCGGAGACACAGCCGCAGAUGAACCCAGAGAAUCACCUCCAGCAGCAGCACCCGCCACAACAGCUUCAAACCCAUCCGAAUCUCCACGAGAAUUCGAAUGCCCACCACCACCAGCAGCAGAAUGCCCAGCAUCAUCCGGGUCUCGAGUUCGCCGCCUCCAUGAACUUGGACAUGACCGAUGGCUCCUCCGCCUACGAUGAGAUGAAGUUCCUCAGCGUGGACGUGGACCAGUUCACGAUCGACAGCUUCAAGGCGGACUGCAUUCUCAGCAUGGAGCAGUCCCAGAUGCAGCCCUAUGUGGGUCACUCCCAGCUGGUCGGCUCCUCCAAUGAACUGUGUCUCGAGGGGAUCGGCAUGUCCGCGUUUGGCAUGGAAGAGGGCGAGCCCAAGACGCCCCCCUCUCUUCUGGUGCUGGACAAGACGCUGCCCUCUUUGAGCAUUGGAGUCGAGGGCAUCGCUGACCUUGUGGAGCAACUGCAUCAUCACCAGCAUGAGGGUGGUUCGGUGGGCGGGGGUGUCAUCACUAGCGACGUAUUGUGAAUCCAACUUAGGUGAAUUCUCUGCUUAGUUAAAAGUAAACUUAAUCCAAUCGUAGCUUUAAUUCAAAGUGCCCCAUCUUGCAGGUGGAAAUGUUAAUGGAAAGAGGGGGAACGGAGUGUGAAGCCCGUUCUAGUUCUAUUCUUGUUUCUAGUCAAUGUUAAAGCCAAAGUUCAAGACCAAACGAGGUCGCCACACUUUACUUCAAAUAAUUCGAUACAUUACUCAACAAAAUCUAAAUUAUAAAACAUAGAUUUUCCUACAGAUUGCCUUGGUCCUUGAACAUUCACUAGACUAAUGUAACUUAAAAAUUCUUGAUAUGUCUCUAGAGUGGAGUAAUUGAAAAAUUCCAGCCAUGAAAGUGUUGUUUAUAAUAAGAGAAUCUGUAAAUUAAAGAUUAAAUAUUUAUAACA